AUGGGCAAAAGACACGGUUAUUGUCACGAAUUCCGAGGACAUGGAUGUCCCGCUCUGUUUGCUGGACAACCAGAUCCUCGAAGUGGACUAUUUGGAAGCCACGGACCACAAGAAGGCUACCACUCUGAGGGCCAUCACCCCGAGGGCCCCAGUCAUGGAUUGCAGUCACCUCAUGGUGUGGGCGGUGGACCUGAAGUACCAGGACAUGGAUGGGGUCCCAGAGGACAUGGGUGUCCAGCAAUGUCCGGACAGCCUGAUCCUCGCACUGCACUGUUUGGAGGUCAGGGACCACACGAAGGCUAUCACGGAUGGGGUCGUAGGGGACAUGGAUUCCAUGGAUUCCAUGGACAUCACGGCCACAGAGGAGGACAUCACGUGCUUCACGGCGGGCAUUGGGGCUAUGGAUUUGGUGGACCCCGACAUUGGCUCAACACAUCGUCGUCGAGCUCCUCGAGUGACUCCUCCAGUGAUUCGGACGGUGAGGACAAGAAGCAGAAGAAGCAAAACAAGAAGAACAAGAAGUGCGCCAAAAAGGAGGCCAAGAAGUGCAAGAAACAGGCGAAGAAGUGGCACAAAAUGAGACACUGGAUGGCAGACCAGUAUUGCAACAAAACUCAGUGCACUCUCUGUUGGCGUCAAAUCCAGCCGUUGGUCGACACAGAAGUACUGGAAUGCGGACACAUUUACCACCGAUUGUGUCUCAAAGAGCUCUUCCAGUUGACCCUCAAUGACGAACAUAAGACUGUGGUUUGCGUUCAAUGCAAACAACAAAUUGAUGACAAACUCGUCGAGGAGUUCCAGAAGAGAAUCAAUGGUCAGACGUCUGAUGAGAAUGCCAUUCCCCCGGAGAACAUAUCCGAAGAGUUUGAGAACUUGAAAGUUAUUGAUUGA